AUGAAACGCACUGCUACAGCUGCAAACCUGUCCAACGGAAGCAAAAGUGUUAAGAAACCACGGCCGGCAGUAUCCGAAUAUCACUUGACCCCCUCAGUAAGAGAUGACGAUGGCGAAAUUGUGUGGCCAGCGUCAGAGGAGAAGAUGGAGGAAGCAAGGGCCUUCGUCCGCGAAUGUGUUUCUGCCGGAAAGCCUACCUUGAUUGUCCCAGACAAAGACGCAGACGGCCUCACCUCUGGGGCCAUCUUGGAACGUACUCUCGUUCUUCUCGGUCUAGAUUCAUCUCUCAUCACUGCAUACUUACCUCCAAAGGGCCAUAACAUCCAUGACGAAGCAUGCCGGUCAGAUAUGGCUUCUCUCAAGCCUACCUACAUCUUCAUCCUAGACCAAGGCUCUCGCUCUUCACCGCCUAUCAUAGACGGUCCCCAUCGUGGCAUAGUCAUCGACCAUCAUCACGCAUUGAAAAACGACCACCCGAAAGACGCGUUGCAUGUUACAGCCUGCGACUCCCCUCCCGUCGCGACAAGCUCUCUACUCACAUACCUCAUCUGUCGAGAUCUCCACGAGGGCGUGCAAGAAGCUUGUGACUGGCUGUGCAUCAUGGGGACUCAUGGAGACUUGGGAAAUACCUUGAAGUGGGAACCUCCAUUUCCCGAUAUGAAGUCCACGUUCAAAACGUACACAAAAAAGGCUCUCAACGACGCCGUAUCACUCAUCAAUGCCCCAAGACGAACAGCAUCGUACGAUGUUCCCUCAGCUUGGAAAGCUCUCCGUGCGUCAAAGUCGCCAAGGGAGCUGCUGAAUAACAAGUCCCUGCUCAUCGCUAGGGCAGAAGUCAACGCCGAGGUCGAACGCUGCACCCACACGCCUCCCAAAUUCUCUGCCGAUGGUCGCAUCGCCGUCUUUCGCAUCAGCUCAGAGGCUCAGGUUCAUCCCGUCAUCGCUACACGCUGGGCGGGCCAUCUAUCUUCGUCUAAGCUCGAGGUGUUGUUGGUUGCCAAUGAAGGGUACUUGCCUGAUAUGGUGAACUUUUCGUGCCGUGUCCCACGCUGUGCUCGAGCCAAGGAACCUCCGGUUAACAUUAUCGAAGUCUUGAAGGAUGUCGCUUCUCGCGCCGAAGACUCGACUUUGAGGGAGCGGUUGGGCGACUCAUUCGCGAGGGGGCAUAAGGAAGCGAGCGGCGGGAUCGUGCCCAAGGCUGAAUUUGAGGAGCUGAUGGCUGUGUUGGAGAUUGGGAAGAAGGUUGAAAGAGAAUCUCCAAAGAAAGGGCAGAAGCCAGGGCAGGCAAAUACUUUGUUGAACUAUUUUGGAAAGAAUUAG